GUUUCCCUUUCUCCUUCCCGUUUUCCCUGAGCAUGCAACAGAGCUCAUUUCCUUCCCGAAAACAUUUGCCAAUGCUUGUGGUCCAAAGGCCCAGGACUUGCUCUUCUGAGGAAGGCCUGGACGAGGGAUAUGUGCUCCCCGAAUUUGUUCAGUACUCACAGUGACGCCCACUGAGAUUUGCGAGGCUAAUUAGAGCAGCUACACCUGAUGUGAUAGGAAAUAAAAUCGGCAAUGGGCAGGGAGCAGGCCUCAUCCCAUUCCCCAUGGUAGCAGAGCGUCCUGGGCCGCUGAAACUGACAGGCCCCGGUGCUUGAAGGAGAAGACCGCUGGUCUGGUAGGUCCUGCAGACCACAGGGAGAAGAGGUGUGAUUUGGGAUGGCUCUUCUUUCCUGUACCAUCACCACACAUGCCCCUUUCUGGUCAAUAUUUCUCCUGUACCGCAGAGGAUCCCCAGUUUUGUUUCUCUCCACCCAUUCAUGCCGUUGGUGCUGGUGAUGGACCUGUGGUGUCCUGGAGGCUUGGAGCAUGUGCAUGUGUGUGUGGGAGCUUUCUGAACUCCCAUCAACACUCCCAUGGACACUGGAUGCUAUUGAACUGUCUAGUGGUGUCUUAUGCCCCGGCCUUGGAUGCCUAGCUGGUUGCUCAUCCCUCGCACCACCUCAUAAAAAUUCUUCAUCACAAAGAGCUGCUUUCUAAUCCAGCUACUUUUUAAUCAAAGGCAUCUUGUUCUGGGCUCCCUGGCGUUUGCAGUUUCUAUUCCACGUUCCUCUUCAGAACCUUCCUUGAUCUUAAAACUGUUUUCUCCCUGCUCUUCCCCCUCCUUUUCUUCCCUGAAUUCACUUUUUCUCACCAAAUAAUCUUCACAGAGGUUUGUGUCGUGGAGCAAACUGUACCUGUUUCACUGGGCUUUCUCACAAAGUCAAAUAAACUUUGUGCUGCCUCAACCCCAACCAAAAGCAGGGCUCUGGGACCACCCCCCCCCACCCCCCCAAAGCUUCACAGCACCUUUGGCAGGUGUGGGCAUUUUCCAUGUAUAUCCUCUACUUCUUCAUAACGACCUGGACCCAGCACUGCGCAAACUGUACGUGAAGAGGGUGGCAAAAAGCAAGGGGCAAGGCAGGGAGCAACGGGGAAGCAGGUUUUACAGCACUGAAAACCAAAGGCAAGAGGCUGUGAAGGCAUGGGCUGAUGCCAGCGUGGCAGGAGAAGGGAAGCAGCUCCCAGCUAGUGUCUGACUCUGGACACCCCAAAAGGUGCUUCACAAUGCCGGCCGGCCUGGAGAAAGCUUGUCACCGGUGCAUAUCCAAAAUUGCCAGCAAUGCAUGCUUUAUAUUUGGGCUCCUUGCUUUCCUGGCAUUACCGUUGUCCAUGACUUUUACAGGAAUGAAGUUUUUGGAAGACUGCCCAGUUCAGCCACUAAUUCCAUUAUAUCUGCUGGUGGGUGGCGUGAUUGGCAGCUUAAAGGUGACCCUUCUGCUGUACGACUCAACCAGGAUGAGGCAGCUGCUUUCCAAGUCUGUUGUGAUUGAUGAUGAUGACGACGACGAAUAUCCCUGGAGGCAGAACGCUCACAAAUACUACAUCCAUCUAACCCUCAGCCUCUUCCUCUUCCUCUGGUUCAUUCUUGGGAACUACUGGGUUUUCUCCGUGUAUCUGCCAAAUUUCAUCCCACCCUUCCACCAGCCUCAGGAUUACUGUGACAAAACCCUGUACAUUUUUGCUGUUGGUGUUCUCAUUAUUAGCCAUACCGUUCUCUUUCUCCUUAUCUUUUGUAGCUGCUGCAUAUACUGUUUUUCCAGGCAAAGAUACUCUCCUGAGGAAGACUAAAGGCCACAGAAAUUAAGCUCCAGAUGUUUGGGAAAGGGUGUACAAUGAAGAAAAGGCAAUAAUUCACCCUCGUGUGUAUCUUUGUUGUACUAUAGAUAUGUAUGUUAGCAGUCAACUGCAAGAGGAAAAUGUAAAAUACAUUCCAGUGCCAUCUGGAAAUAGC